GCAGCUACUAAGUACCUAACAAUAACAAAAUAAGACAUAAUCAACAACAAUGCCAAUUCUUCGACGCAAAAAAUUGGCCUUCUUCGUUUUUUUCUUUUCUUUAGCAAUUGUUCUCCCCUGUAUGCAUGCUGGUAUUGCAGAAGUUGAUGAUUUUCUGCUCGCUCGUGCCAAGAAAGCUAAGGAAAAUGCAGAAAAGUCAUAUGAUCCUCAUCCUGAGGAAACUACUGAUAACGUGAACAAGCAAGUUGGCGAAAUCCUAAAACGAAACAAGACAAGGAGACUAUUAGGAGAAUCAGAUGACUGCACAGCGACAAAUCCAAUUGACAGAUGCUGGAGGUGUCGAGCUGACUGGGAAACUGACAGAAAGAGACUGGCAGAAUGUGCCAGGGGGUUCGGAAGCAGAACAACUGGGGGAAAAGACGGAGAAUUCUAUGUUGUAACUGAUGAAUCUGACAAUGAUGUUGAGAAUCCAGCACCAGGAACACUUCGACAUGCAGUGAUUCAAGAAGUACCAUUGUGGAUUAUAUUUUCAAAAUCUAUGGUCAUUAGGCUGCAGCAAGAACUUAUAAUAACGAGUAACAAGACAAUUGAUGGCAGAGGAAAAACUGUACAUAUUGCUUAUGGAGCCGGGCUUACAUUACAGUUUGUCGAAAAUGUGAUUGUACAUGGGAUUAGGAUUCAUCACAUUAUAGUCACCCCAGGAGGAAUUGUGAGGGAUUCUGUUUUUCACCUAGGACUUAGAACAAUAAGUGAUGGUGAUGGGAUUAAUAUUUAUGGUUCAAGUAACAUUUGGGUUGAUCAUAAUUCUUUCGGAAAAUGUUCUGAUGGCCAGGUUGAUGCCAUCCAGGGAUCAACAGCCAUUACAAUCUCAAAUAACAAGUUCAAUAAUCAUGAUCAUGUUAUGUUGUUAGGUGGAAGUGAUUCAUGUGAGGCCGAUAAGAUAAUGCAAGUGACUGUUGCGUUUAACAGAUUUGGCAAGGGACUGGUGCAGAGAAUGCCUAGGGUUCGUUUCGGGUUUGUUCACGUAAUAAACAAUGAUUACAAUCGAUGGGAAAUGUAUGCCAUCGGUGGGAGCUCUGCUCCAACCAUCAUUUGCCAGGGCAACCGAUUCAAGGGCCCUGAUAACGGCCAUGCAAAGGAGGUGACAAAGAGGGAGGCGACGCCAGAGGUAUGGAAGCAUUGGCAGUGGAGAUCCGAAGGCGAUAAGUUCACUAACGGAGCAUAUUUCGUGGAGUCCGGGCCGCCAUUUUCUAGUGAGGCUGUUAAGAUGAAUCUGAUCAAAGCAAAGCCUGGUAGUUUUGCAGGGAGGCUGACAAGAUAUGCAGGUGCUCUCAAAUGCAAACCAGGCCACCCUUGUUAGUGAAAGCAUGCAUGAAUAAUCAAGCAAAGCUUCAAGUUGUGAUAUGUGCAUUAACAACCUCUUGUUGAUUUGUUUUUCUCGAGUUUGUGAAAUUUUUCAUGCUAAAGUGUGUAAAUACUCACAUUUAACUAGAUGCUCUUAGAUACAUGCUUAGAUUAGCUCUCUGGUCUCAUAUUUGGAACCCAACUCGGAUUGUUAUACUACUUGUAUCACUCAAAUUAACUUUUAACACAGAAUUGUCUUAUACUUAUAUUUACAUAUGC